AUGGCAGUUGAGAGUUGUUUGCUAAAUUGGGGAAUUAAAAGAGUGUUUACAGUAACUGUUGAUAAUGCAAGUUCAAAUGAUGUUGUUAUUGCCUAUUUGAAAAAGAAAAUAGUUGGUCGGGGAUUUAGCAUUUUAAAUUGCAAGUAUCUUCACAUGAGAUGUAUUGCACACAUAAUUAACUUAGUUGUUAUUGAUGGAUUGAAGGAAACCAAUGUUUCAGUGAAAAGGGUUAGGAAAGCGGUGAGAUAUAUUAGGCAAUCUUCUGCUAGGUUGCAAAAGUUUAAAUCAUGUUGUGAUAUGGAGGGGAUUGAAAGCAAAAGUUCUUUAUGCUUAGAUGUGUGCACUAGGUGGAAUUCCACUUAUUUGAUGCUAAAUGCUGCACAAAAGUUUGAAAAUGCAUUUGAUAGAUAUGCUGCUGUAGAUCCAUACUUUAAACUUAAUCUUCAGUCAGGUGAUAGUUUGCCAGAUAGUUUGGAUUGGGAAAAUGUUAGGAGAGUUAUAGAUUUGUUGGGCCACUUUUAUGAUCUUACCCUGAGAAUAUCAGGAUCUCGAAAUGUCACUUCUAAUAUAUUUUUUAAUGAGAUCAGUUCAGUUGAUUGUUUAUUGCAAAAGUGGCAAGGGAGUAAUGAUGUCGAAUUGGCAUGUAUGGGGGAUAGGAUGAAGGUGAAAUUUGAUAAAUAUUGGGGAGAUCCUGAUAAGAUGAAUAAAAUAAUUUAUGUUGCAGUGGUAGUUGAUCCUCGACAUAAGUUGGAAUUUAUGGAAUUUGCUCUUUCAACUGUGUAUGGGAAAGAAAAAGGUAUGGAAUUGGCAAAGAAAAAUAAAUUGGCUGUAUAUGAAUUGUUUGAUGAAUACAAGAUAAUAUAUCAAGCUGAACAUGGAUGUGGUAGUAGUGUAACAGGAAAUACAAGUGAAAACAAUGAAAGUGAAGGAGUUAAAAAGAAAUGA